AUGGAACUUUACCCUAAAACGGAGAUUCAAUCAUUUCAUCUCGACUUACCUACCGAACCUUGUCCGCGGAACUUGUUUAUCUCUCUUGUAAGUAAAAAAUAUCUUGCCGCUCUCUACCUGGUAGAACCUUCGAUAUUUCCACAAAAUUGGCCAUUGAUUGUUAAGGUCAGUCCCAUGGGAGCGUGGAAUACUUUAAAUAAAAUAGUAAUAAAGUACUUAAACUCAAGAUACUCCCCACAAGGUCUUCAAAUUGGCAAAAAUGAGACGGCGCUACUCGCGCUGGCACAGAAGAUAUCGGAAAAUAUAUCGAACGAUAUAAACGGGAAUGAUGGAAAUUCCUCAAAAAUUCUAGAUGCGAUGAAACCUCAAAAUGAUGAAUUUGACCUUCUUAGUGAAAAACUUCAAAUUGUUUUCGAUCUUGUUGCUAGUGACAUAGUAAAACUAACUGGAAGAGAAGUAACUAUUCACAUCUCAAUUGAUGAUAAAAAAAUCAAAUUGACAAAGUUACCCAAAGUCGAAUCCUUUGACGAGUUAAAAUUAUUUAAUUUGUAA